AUGGAGAAGGGUAGGCAUGUUAGACCAAAAAUAAAGUUUGAAGAAAGGGUAUGCAAAAAGUGUGAUACGGAUGCAGUGGAGGAUGAAUUCCAUUUCCUGAUUGAUUGUCCAAGUCAUAAAAAUGCAAGAUGUCAGCUGUUUGGAAAAAUUGCUCAUAUACAUCCAUAUUUUAAUUUGAUGAAACCAGAUGACAAAAAAUUAGACAGAAUAGAGAAGAAAAAGCAUAAGAAAAAGAAGCGGAAACAGAAGAACAAGAAUGAUGACAGCUCUGACGAGUCUGACGAUGAAGUGAGUAGGAAACGACGAAAAAGAGAUAAGAAGAAGAGAAAGACGAGUGAAUCAAGUGAGGAUUCUAGCAGUAGUGACUCUGAAAUGGAUAGAAAGAAGAAGAAAAGAAAAGAGGAAUGGAUUGAAGUAACUUGCAGUCCACACAGAAGAAAAGAUGAUACACCUACCAAGGAUCUUGAGGUAACUAAGGAGAAAGACGUGGACAGAAAUGGAUGUGAUAGGCUACAGAUAAGUAUGCUGAUGUACAGAGAAGCAUAGGGAUAGAGGUGAACAGUCAUGUAAAAGAAGUAGAUCACCAUUGGCCAGACAGAAUGUACAAACAAACAGAGGGAGGUACAUUAAAAAUGAAACAAGGCAAGACCAUCGAUAUGAAAGGCAUGCUGAAUGCAGCAGAGGAGACAGGGACAGGGACAGGGACAGGGACAGGGACAGGGACAGGGACAGGGACAGGGACAGAGACAGGGACAGGGACAGGGACAGGGACAGGGACAGGGACAGGGACAGGGACAGAGACAGAGACAGAGACAGAAAGGAUGACAGACAUGAGAGACACAGAGAUAAGGAGCAUGAUUCACAAGAUAGAGAUAGGGGAUACGAUGGUGAUGAAAAACAUAGAGAUAGGCGGUAUGACAAGCAUUCAAAAAACAGAGUUAGCGAGUAUGAUGAACAUGAAAAACACAGAGAUAGGCGGCAUGAUAAUCACCGAGGGCAUGAUAGACAUGACAGGGAAUAUAGAGAUUGCAGGUAAAGACGAGUGAAAACAAGGACAUUGUAACUGCGGCUUGCACUUUUUUUUUACAUUUUAACAUUUUGAUUUGAUUGAUUUUAUAAUAGGAACAGUUGUAAUAUUAUUCCUAUUCACUGUCAAACAUAAAAGUAUUGAGAUUUAUAUUAUCUUUAUUUGCUUUCGUGCAAUUAUCUGGUAGUGUAAAUACUCUCUUUGCGCUAUGAGUCAUUGAUCUUGUAACCAUGUUUUCAAUCAUUUCAAAAUAAUAAAAAAAUGCAUAGCUA